AUGGCCAUUCUACCCAUCGAUGUAUCCUAUUCACUUACGGAUCCGCCAUGGAAACCAGCAUCGGGGCCACAAAGCUCUGUGGGUGGACCUGUCGUCUAUUCACAUAUCGCCUUUGUGGGUGGUCAUAAUGGGGGCAAUAUGAUCAUUGUUGGCGGGGUCAUGCCUAUGAGUGAAAAGAGUACUUCGGAUGAUGAGACAACUGCCUAUAGCUACGAUUGCGACGUGGGCCGAUGGAACUCUUUUACAUUACCCAGCUACAAUUAUCUCAAUAGGCAAGGUGCAGCAAGUUCCAUAUGGGGUGGAAAGCGUGCGGUAUCCAGUACAAGCACGGCUGCUACUGCUGGUGGAGUAGGAUCCAAACAACAACUUCCAGCCAACAUGUAUCUCGUCAACUCUCUUUACCCUUCCAAUUCAACAAUGUCAUCCACAACCACACCCAUGCCACCUCUACGUUAUGGACAUACGCAAACGUUGAUCAACGACAAGACCAUUGUCAUUCUCGGUGGAUUUGAUAGUCUCUCUGGAGAGGCCGUGUCCCUGGCUGAUAUAUGGUUGUACGAUAUCGAUACCAAUGAAUGGUCUCAUUUGGAAGCCAACUAUGGUGGAUAUGAUGGAUACCAUGUAUACAACGAUGUUGCAGUCCUUGAUACACGUACUUGGACAUGGACUAUCAAAAACACAAAUGCAGCAGUACAAGGGCGUGCUGAUCAUACAGCAACCAUGGUGGGCACGAAUAUGAUUGUUGCAUUUGGAUUCACAGGUGUUUCCACUGCAUUGACUGUUAUGUCUGAUAUUGAGGUGCUUGAUACGGUCACGUGGAGCUGGACUUCAGUUUAUUCACCUUCAUCAGAAUACGGUUCAGGCGGUUCACCCAAUCGUGGCAUUGGCAAGACAACUGCAGUCAUGCCGAGUACUCCAUCGAUGGCUAUUGUUGCAGGUGCCGUUACAGGUGUCUUGGUCGUCCUCGUUUUUAUCAUUGUGGCUCUAUACAUGUUCAAUUAUCAUCAGCAGAGAAGAAAAAAGAAACAUCAACAAAAUCUACCCCAGCAUCAUUUUCCACAUGAUUCUCUACCACCACCACCUCCACCAGCAGAUGACAUUAAAGAAACCACGACAACAGCAGCCAUUGCCGCCACUCCAAGUAAUAGUAAUAGUGGUGGUGGUGGUAAUACCAUGGUAGAUUUACCGAGAGCGCCAACACAAUUACGCAUUGAUCCGUAUUAUCAUGUUCGGCAUCACCAUCAUCAUCAUCAACAGCAGCAGCAACAACAACAACAUACCAUCUUACCAUCACCAUGGACACCAACAUUAAGACAAAGCUUUCCACCUGCCUCAUCUGAAUGGGCCAUUCGUCGAGCUGCCACCACACCCCAUCGCUAUCUACAUGAUCACAACAUCAGCAAACCUGAUGAGCCAUCAUCCAUGAGUAGUAGCAGUGGCCAACAUCAUCAUCAACAUCAUCAACAUCCGCCACCUCGAUCACAGAUACGACGUGCUGCCACUACACCUCAUGCAGCAUCCAGUAAGCCUGAUACAAGCGAGGAGAAUGAUUCUUUAUUUGAUCAACAAGAAUUUGUGCUUCGAUCCGCUGAUGAGCAUACCACGGUCAUUGAUGACGACGAUGGGGUGGAUGCAUUGGGUAAAUAUCCCUCUCCACAAAGUGAAACAGAUCCGCCUUCCUUGAUACAUGCAAAGCAACAUAAUGACUCCCACACAGAUGUACAUUGA